AUGUUAAACAAGAAGGAAGGAAAGAUAGUGGCUACAUAUAUGAGUAGGGUGAAAAGCCUUACUAAUGAUCUCGUAGCCAUUGGACACCCUCUGAAUGAUGCUCAAAUCAUGUCCUAUACUUUGAAUAGAUUGGGUGAUGAAUUUAAAGAAUUAAUGGUAGCGAUCCACCUUCGUGACACACCUAUCACCUUUGAAGAUCUCUAUAAUAAAUUGCUUGAUGAGGGAUUAAUUCACAACCAUGGAGAGGCAAAGGAAGAAGAUGUUCAAGUCACUGCACAGCUAACACAAAAAUAUCGUGGUGGUCGAGGAGGACAUCGUAGUGGUCAAGGAAGCUAUCGUGGUGGCUACAGAAACAAUACUUAA